AUGGGGAGCAGACGUCGCAGGCUGAAACCAGAAAAGAUUUCUUCUCCCCCGUUUUCUGCGGCGUCGCGAACUUGUCAGCUGCGCGUACACAUCGGGCUGCCACACUCUAGACUCCCGCCAACAGAGACGUUCGCGCGCCUUUUCCGCAGGUGCCUGUCUCCGCUGUCUCUUGUCUCUGCUUUCGCGUGUAGUCCGAGCUCCUCGUCCAAUGGCACCCUUGCUCUGCCUGUUGCCGCCGCCUGGGGGCCAGGCGCCCGCGCCUGCGGCCGUCUUUGGAAGCCGAUGCGGCGUGUCCGCGGCGUUUCCCUCGUAUCGGUCUUCACUCUCGUCUUUCUCUUUGUUCUGUCCCUCGGUGUCUCUCCAGUCCUCGUCUGCCUAAAAAACCCAGGCUCUGCAGGGGCGCCGGGUGCGAUUCCGUCGCUCUACCGCGCGGUCUCGCCUAGCUACGGAAUCAGAGCGCUCGGAGCCGCAGCCGUCGGCGCAACUGAGCCGCCGAGAGCAGCUCCUGCGGAGGCACGCCACGCAGAGCGGGGCGAGGAGGGACCGGGGCGGGUCGACUCAGUACGAGAAUCCACACUUCGUGUAGCAGACGGCCUCCGGCAGGAAGAUUCGGCAGCGAGCAGGAGGAGACUGGGCAAGCCGCUGGGUGAAGCAUCGCGGCGCAACGCGCCUGCAGAGAAAGAGGGGACAGAAAAGGAUGGAGAGGGUCAGGGUUUGGAACUCUUUUCGGUCUUGGCCUCAUCGCUGGUGCCCCGGAAGUCCCGCGCGCAGCCGGGGGAUUUGGUUGCUCCAGCCAGCGCGAAGGAGAUCGACUCCGGAGCGUCAGAUCCAGAUCUCUGGAGCGGCCAUUCCAAGGGCGAAGGGACACCGAGGGCGCCAAGCGGGUCAAGCGAACCGAAGGCUUCGUCCUCCACCUCGACAUCGAAGCGUGCCACGAAGGCAGACCCGGUUCAAGGAGCUUCGCGGGAAGACGCUCACGGGGAGCCGAAGCUUUCUUCUUUCUGGAGGACGGUUUACACGUCUAUCAGUGUCGGUCUGGUAGCCAUCGCGGGCUUGGCGAGUGGACUGACGACGGGUUAUAUGUCGUUUGAUGAACUCCAACUUCUCGUCAUUCAGGAAACCGGCCCUCCCCAGGAGAGGAAGCAGGCGGAGGCUGUGUGCAGUAUCGUCCGAGGGAACCGGCAUCAGCUGCUUGUCACCUUGCUGCUGUGCAAUUCGCUGGCGAUGGAGGCGUUGCCGCUCUUUCUCGACCGGCUUCUGACGCCGCUUCUGGCCGUCGUCAUUUCUGUCACCGCGAUCCUCUUUGUCGGGGAGAUCUUGCCUCAGGCGCUUUGCACGGGGAAGUACCAACUGCCCAUUGCCGCGGCAAUGGCCCCAGCGGUGCGGCUUUUGAUCUUCCUCUUUGCGCCUCUCGCUUACCCGAUCAGCAAACUUCUAGACCGUUUCCUCACGUCAGAAAACCGAACGAAUCUCUACGCGCGCUCGCAUCUGAAGGCGUUAAUUGGCCUCCAUGAGAAGGAUCGCCGUCGCCCGUUUCUGCUCCAGCACGCAAUAGAGCAGCAGCAAGGGCGUUGCGUCGCUGUGGGCGCGUCCGCGGAGAGGCCUCGCUCUACGCCGGCAGCGAGCGACGACCGCGCCGCGCCGCCGCGCCAGAGUACAGCGCCGGAGGAGCCGGGAGCCGAUCGCGGCCGGCACGGGAAUUCGCGGCUUGGUGACGCAGCGGGAGACAACGCAUGCGCAGAGAGCUCGCCUCUUUCCUCUCGGCAGGGCGGCGGAGACCGGGAGAGGGACUCGGCAGAGGCUGGCGGGGAGAACGAGCAGAGACUGAGCGGGUUACGAGGCGAGCGAAAGCUCGAUCCCCAAAGCGCCCUGCGCGGUUCAGGCGCCGAUGCGGGAGAGGGCUUAGAAAGGCAGGACGGCGCUGAAGAGGCAGCCGGCGCUGCGCACCGAGCCUCGAGAAAUGUCUCUUUGCCAGAUGCGGCCAUACACAGGUCUACGCCGGGGGACGCCCUGCAGUCCGCCUCGAGAGGCGAGGGCGGCCUUGGAGACACGGAGGGAAAGAGAUGGCGAGCGCGAGAAGAAAUGGAAGAUGCCGUUGGCCUAGAUCGGGAUGAGGUUCUUAUCAUGCAGGGUGCGCUGGAUAUGGCGUGCAAGAGCAUAUGCGACUUCAUGGUCCCGCUUCACGACGUCUUUAUGCUCGAGUGCUCGAUGCGCCUUACCCGCGAUUUGCUCGUCGAUAUUCUCCGCAAAGGCCAUUCCCGCAUUCCAGUAUAUGAAGCGCGUCGCUCAAACGUUCGAGGCGUCCUUUUGGUGAAGAGUCUGAUUUUGAUUGAUCCAAAUGCGGGCGUUAGAAUCCGCGACCUAAUGCGAGGACGGGCAUUUCGACGGCUGUGCACGCCGUUAUUUAUCGCGCCGUCCGUGAAUCCGUAUCAAGUUUUGAAUGAAUUUCAGGAGGGACGCUGUCACUUGGCCUUCGUAACGCACGAUGUCGCCGCAUACCAGCAGGCCUGGGAGCAAAAUGUGGACGUCCCCGCCACCGCCGAUCUCCUCGGAAUCGUCACGCUGGAGGAUGUUAUAGAGGAACUCAUUCAAGAGGAAAUAAUGGAUGAGUUCGAUAAGCGCGUGGAAGGCAUGGUGCCGUCGACAGCGCACGGCUUGGCGUCGGCGAGCAGCUGCCACUCGCGGGCGCGUGGAAUCACGCCGGUGCGUUCCAGAUACCACGGGAUGGACACUUCCGAAUUGCUGCUCCUCGGUCAGCCUCGCGCAGAGGCGGCGGGCGGCCGGCCUCUCGGCGGCUUGCGCUCGGUGUCGCACAGGGACCCGCUCCUUUUCUCGACUCAGAGUCCGGGAAGCAUGAGUCGCUUCGCUUCGCUUCUCGCUGCCGAAGAGGCUGCGUCGGCCCAGUCGCCGGUGUCUGCCUCGUUCGGGGCGCUGCCACACCUCGGCAGUCGCGCCGCGCUUCUCUUGACCCCCGGCGAUCGAGCAGCCGCGGCAGCUGCAGACGAGGGACAGGACGGCGUGGCGCGCCUGGACACCCGCGGCUCGGCGCGAACGCCCUGCGACCUGUUCCCAGGCGCGGGGGCAGAAGCAGCUGCAGCGACUAUCGGGUUGACCGCGCUGGCCGCCCAUGCAGGCUCAACCCGCGAGACUGCGUCUCGCCCUUUAUCGAGCAUGCCCUCUUUGGGAAGUGGCUUGGACACAGAGCCGCUCCGAACAUUGAGCGACACGUCGUCGCUUGCACUGAAGCAAGAGAUGUAUCGGCCAAGUCCCUGCACGGCCGCCUCGCCGGAAGCUCCAGCGGCUCUGUCCUCGUCGGCAGAGACUUCAGCUGCAGGGACACUUCUGUCGCCGGGAGAAAAUCCUCUCUCGCCCGGUCGCCUGGCUUCAGCGGAGGUGGCGUCCACACCCGCAGGCCGCCAGUGCGCGCCCGAAAGUCAGCAGCCAUGCUAUGCACCCAACCGUCGCACUAAACGACGGCGCCCUACGUGGAUCGCUAGUGGGAGCGCCACUCACUCCUCCAGCGGGCGCCCUGUAGCUGGCGAGCAGGAGGCUCUCACAGGGUCUGGGGCAGAAGGAAGUUCAUUUUAA